ACGGAAUUUUCGUUCCAUUUUGUGUUCGUUCCAUUUUGUGUUCGUUCCUUCAUCUUCUCCGCCAUUCAUUCCUUCUUCGAUUCCUCUUCCCCUUCUUCUUCUUCUUCACCAGUUUCACAAUAACAAGAAUCCAUUUUCGACACUCCCUUUUGCUUUCCCAACGAUUUCGCCUUCCUUCCUUCUCUCCCUCUCUCAUUCAUCGGAACGUGUGUGAGUGGGAACGGGAAGAGGGCUUGACCAAAACCAACCUUUCAAGUAAACUUCUUGGACGGUUUGGUUUGAGAAUAAAUGAUUCUGGCUGUCAAAGUAGGUGACAGCCUGAUUAUCUUGAAUUGAACAACUUCAAAGAUCCAUUCCAAGAUCCUUUUUCUCCAGGUGAUCUCUCGUAGAAAGAUCUCGCUUUCUGGGACUGCUGAUUCUUGGCUCAUGUUGUUUCAGUGUAAUCCGGUAUUGGUAUGAGACAUUCUGAUCUGUGUUUUAGAUAUGGGUUCCUUGUCUGGAAUCCUUCAACGACCAUUUGUUGCUUUAACUGCGGUGGCUAUAGCUUCUUUUUCCUCUGACUUUUCAGACAAGUUACCAUCUCAGAAACCAACAGAGGAUUCUUCCUCCUCCUCCUCGUCCUCCUCAGAUUCAACUUUAGAUUUCUUGAAGGAAUCAAAUACGUCAUUUGUUUCCCAUACAUCUGUUUCAAAGCUUGCAAACUUAUCAUUUGUCACUAAAAUUCAUGCACCUAUCCCGAAAUUUAGUUUUCCAAUUCCAACUUCAAGUUGCAACUAUGUUGGAAACUUCCCCACGUCUUUGGUUUCUUCCUCCGUUCUUUCUAAUUUAUAUCAGUCAGCUGCAUUGACCAAGGGAUCAAAGCAGGUUGCACCUUCACCUAAACUUUCUUCCCCCCCUUCUGAGGUUAUGUACAGGUGGCAUUUACCAGAGCCAACUUCUUUAGAUAUUACGGGUAGUUCUGCUUGUUCGGUGGCAAAAUCUAGGACGGUGGUGGUUUUAUUAGGAUGGUUGGGAGCAAAGCAAAAACAUUUAAAGAGAUACGCUGAAUGGUAUACUUCAAGGGGUUUUCAUGCCAUUACCUUUACUUUUCCAAUGGCUGAGAUACUUACGUAUCAGGUUGGUGGAAAAGUUGAACAACACAUUGACUUGCUUGUGAACCAUCUAGCUGAUUGGUUGGAGGAGGAGCACGGGAAGAACCUGGUGUUCCACACUUUUAGCAAUACCGGAUGGUUGACGUAUGGAGCUAUUCUCGAGAAGUUUCAGAAUCACGAUUCUUCUAUAAUGGGAAGGAUUAAGGGCUGCAUUGUGGAUUCUGCCCCUGUUGCGGCUCCCGACCCUCAGGUCUGGGCUUCAGGCUUCUCUGCAGCGUUCUUGAAGAAGAAUAGUGUGGCAACAAAAGGAUUGACAACCUGGGACAACACAGGGAUGGAAGUAUCAAUCAGCGAUAAAGAAAAUAUAGAACCUAAACCUGCCGUUACUGAAGCAGCCCUUCUAUUACUGUUGGAAAAGAUCUUCGGCGUUGUUUUGAACCUCCCUACUGUGAACAGGAGGCUAUCUGAUGUGUUGGAUACGCUAUCGUCAUCACAACCAAGCUGCCCGCAACUGUAUAUCUACAGCUCAGCGGAUCGAGUUAUCCCAGCAGGUUCUGUGGAAUCGUUUAUAGAGGAGCAACGAAGAGCAGGACGUGAGGUUAGAGCUUGCAAUUUUGUGUCCACCCCUCAUGUAGAUCAUUUUAGGAAUGACCCAAAACUUUAUACUACUCAGCUUAGUCAGUUUCUGGCCGAUUGCGUGCUUACUGCUUGUUGCAGAGAGUCCUGUUAGCUCAAUAUUAUGAGUUAGUUGCUCGCCAUUGUACCUGAUUCUUUUCUUCUUUUUAUACGACAUUGUUUGUUCUCGUAAAAAAGUGAGGGCAAACAAAAGCCAAAUUCAUUGGUUCUUAAUAAUAUAGAUCACAGUUCUUUUUCUA